UUUGGAUUUAUUUAUACCAAAUUAAGGCAGCGGAAAAAGUCUUAGAUAAAAAAUGGUUGCCACCUCUCUCUCCUGACUUCCUCAGUCCUUCGGACGAAGAGCCUGCUAAAGUCCGAUGGGAGCAGUGUCGGUGUAUCCAUGGUGUUUAUAAAGGAAUAAAUAUCAGUAUGACUAGCGUCUGAGGAAGGGCUUCUGUGUUCCUACAAGAGCUUGCUGGUGCAGAGGAACAGUGCAAGGACAGCAGGGACAUUUUGAGCUACCAUGGAUAUCCCCACCAAUUUGGUGCCAUCCUCCAUGAUGUCCCAACCUGAGGUGAUUGAGUCCACAGCCAUGAGCGAACCACAGUGCUACUACAAUGAAACCAUUGCCUUCUUUUAUAACCGAAGUGGAAAAUAUCUAGCCACUGAAUGGAACACUGUCAGCAAGCUUGUAAUGGGACUGGGGAUUACCGUCUGCAUCUUCAUAAUGCUGGCCAACCUCUUGGUUAUGGUGGCUAUUUAUGUCAACCGCCGAUUCCACUUUCCUAUUUAUUACUUAAUGGCCAACUUAGCUGCUGCGGACUUUUUUGCAGGACUGGCCUACUUUUACUUAAUGUUCAACACAGGACCCAACACUAGAAGACUGACUGUAAGCACCUGGCUUCUCCGUCAGGGUCUCAUUGAUACCAGUCUGACAGCCUCUGUAGCCAAUUUGUUGGCCAUUGCUAUUGAGCGGCACAUUACAGUUUUCCGAAUGCAGCUGCAUACUCGGAUGAGCAACCGCCGAGUGGUCGUCGUAAUUGUUGUUAUCUGGACUAUGGCCAUCGUCAUGGGUGCCAUACCAAGUGUCGGAUGGAACUGUAUUUGUGAUAUCACUCACUGCUCCAACAUGGCACCGCUCUAUAGUGACUCCUACCUGGUCUUCUGGGCUAUUUUCAACCUGGUCACUUUUGUGGUCAUGGUGGUCCUAUAUGCUCACAUCUUUGGGUACGUUCGCCAAAGGACUAUGAGAAUGUCCAGACACAGUUCUGGACCCCGCAGAAAUCGGGACACCAUGAUGAGCCUCCUGAAGACUGUGGUCAUUGUGCUUGGUGCUUUCAUAAUCUGCUGGACCCCAGGUUUAGUCUUGCUGCUCCUUGAUGUUUGCUGUCCCCAGUGCAAUGUCCUGGCCUAUGAAAAAUUCUUCCUGCUCCUGGCAGAGUUCAACUCUGCCAUGAACCCCAUCAUCUACUCCUACCGGGACAAGGAAAUGAGUGCGACGUUCAAGCAGAUCCUCUGCUGCCAGCGCAGUGAGAGCACCAAUGGCCCCACCGAAGGCUCGGAUCGGUCAGCGUCCUCCCUCAACCACACCAUCUUGGCUGGUGUCCACAGCAACGACCACUCCGUGGUGUGAAACCACAGCCAGCCGUGUGACCAGCAAAGGGCAGCAGGCGAUGCCGCGGGGCGGGGCAGGUGCAUGGCCCCUGGGAAGGUAACCCACUCACGUUUUCUCAAACACUAAUGGACUACAAGCGCAUCUUUUCCAGGGGGCCUGACACACCAGCACAGACCGCCCUGUCCACAGGACUGGCCAUGCUGCAAGGCCUUUGAUUCCUACUUCGAAAAAGCAGAACAUAGUUGCUUUGCAGCAGAGGUCAUCGAUAGCCCAUGAAAAGCCUUGCUGAGACUCUGUUGGACUUUGCUGCAUCUUGGUGCCAGUCUGAAUCAACUCUGAUUAAUUAAGCUUAUACCUGCUUCACUGCAUUUACAUGUAGCCACUUAGUAUUUUUAAAAAGGGAGUAAAGGGGAUAAAAAUAUGCCUAUCAUUUAAUAGACAUGUAAUAUGUAUCACCAUCAGCAUGCUUGUGAUGAACAUUUUCUGUGCAGGGAGUAAAACUGUGCUGUAGUCUUUGUAUCCUUAGCCACACUGUCAUAACUACAGUAAAAAGAAAAGUAUUUCUUUCUAACACAGGCAACAGGAAGAUGAGGGAAACUGACUCUUCUUACCUUCAUUACCGGAGUUAGAGAAUGCAUGUUCUGUGUGUAUGCAGAUUGUUUUAAUUAUGAAAAAAAAAAAAAAAGCUCUUUGUAAAGUCUGCCGGAAAGUAGAAAAGUAUAGACUGUAUUCCAGUGUUUGUUUAGAUUAUGAAAUAAACAUACUUUAGUCACAAUGUAUAUAAGGUUCUUCUUUGAAGUGUGGUAUGAAAUAUGUAACAUGCGAGGGUUACCAAGUUUUUUAUGGAUAAGUUCUUAAAGUAGAACACAUCCCUAAGGCUCUUAAAGGGCUACAGUCAGGUUGGUAGGUUGCAAAAAUUGUAUUUAUUGCAUAUUCUUGGAAUGCUUUUCUUGUUCAUGGCAAAAAGCAUAUGCAUUUUUAAUGGAAAAAAAAGCUAUGUUUUUAUGGAACCUUUCUUGUAACUGAAAACAAAACACCUUCUGCAUUUUUGCACUGAGAAAUAUUUGGGGAGUACUGUUCAAAUUAUACACCCUUCCUUUCAAAAGCAGUGGGCCGCUAAGAACCAAGGCACAAUUUUAUUUUGUAAAGUCAAGACUUUACAAGGUAGUCAUCUAUUGCAAAUGACUGGACCAUGCUACAGAUAGUAGCCACACAUGUACACUGUUAUAAAAACCUAAGCUAACAGGUGGGGUUUUUUUCAUAUGAGACUGUUUUGAAGAGAAAUGUCACUCGUGAAUAUCGGUUGCGAAGAAUCAGUGAUACUAAACAAAACUCCUUAACAGGAGUAAAUGUGAGCAAAGGUGGGAUCUAGCUGAUAAAAAACUUGAGACCUCUUUCUAGGAAACUGUGUGUUCUCCUAACAAUGUAAAAUACAUCAACAGUAAAUUCCUGGCACUGUUUUCAUCAUUGUUUUGUCUCUAUAACAAAAAGAAACAAACAAACAAAACAAAAAAAAUCAAUUAAAAAAGAAAAAAAAAAAAACAAACAAAACCCACACUCAGAAAAAAAUAACCUCACAAAACAAAACAAAAAAACCCCAGAGAUGUAUAUCAUUAAUUGUACCGUACUGGAAUGUAACUUACAGGACGAUAUUCUCCCAUUUGGGCAGGGAGAAAAUGGAGGGUAGAGGCUCAGCCCAGCAAAAUCCAGUGUUUUCUAGAUCUCUUGCUUUGAGGAGAUGCUCAGGUUUUAUGCUUCCAAGCAUGAAAUAGCUUGGAAUAGGCAGUUCCUUACUGAGCAAAGGAAGAGUAACAAGUGAACAAAACCUGCCUCCACUGACUAAAGUGAGAGUUUUGACACUGCUUUCAGUAAAACUGAAAUCCACCUGAAUUGUUGAGCGAAUUUUGUGUGGACACUGUGGAAAGUAGAGUAGGCAGAGAGAAUAAACAUAACGUUAUCUGCCAGUUGACCAAGGAUUUGAAUAUAUCCACUUGCUUUGAACAAAACCAGUCUUUUUUUCUGACUGUAUUUGAGAGCAAGUUAAUGUACAGGUUGAUUUGGUUUUAUUUGCAGAACUGUACUGAGAAACAGAAGAACAGGCUGUAUGAACUUUUUCAUUUAAAAGCAUCUGCUUGCUAAUCCACUCAUAAUUUUUCCUUAGCACCUGCUUGAUAUGAACUAGUGCAGGUAAGCAGAAGAAAGGAGAGGGUAAGACUGCCUCCAAAGGCAGGGCACAUCUGACUGAAAAACAAUUUCCUUUUCUCAAGAGUCCUUGGAGUUCCUUUCUUCCUUGGAUCCAGGAAGAGCACUUUUUCCUGUCCCUAACAUCCCCACAGAAGUAGAAGAUCACAGACACUAUAUUCUAGGGUUUGGGGAUUUUUGGGCUGGGGGGUUGCCCUUUCCAAGUGUCCUUCUCACUGCUGUUUGCAUGCUUUUAUUGAAUCUCAUCCAGAUAGGGUGGGAGGAUGAUGUCACAAAACAGCAGCAAAUCAUUCACCCUAGUUUAACCUGCUGGAAGUGUGGUGGGUUUUGCGAAGCCAUGGGUGAAUAAUUUGAAAACAGGGGUGGUGUGGUUGUUCGAGACAUGGGUGGGUCCAGAGGCCCCUUGUGAAGACAGAUGCCCAAGGAGGUUUUCUGUCAUCAUUGUGAUUGUGACAGAUGGCAGUUGCUGUCCAGGUACAUUGAUCAACCCAAGGAGGCACUCAACAAUUCGAGAAGCUGGACCUUUUGAACUCUUGAGAGCAGUUAAAUUUCUGUUGUCAGGUCUAUUAAUCCAGGAGCAUGUCUGACAGCAGGUGGCUUUUCUUCUAAUAGGUGAAGUGCAGUGUUUCAGAUCAAAUGCAACAGGAAGAACGUCGCUUGUGCAAUUCUGCUAGAGGAACUCACUGAGCGUGUGACUGCUGUAUAAAAAUUUGAUUAGUGCUUUGUGUUGUUGACAUGUUGUCCCUAUAUCCUUAAGAAAUCUGAUCUGUGAAUUGAGUGGUUCUUUGCAAGCUAAUGAAAUUACAGCUCCAGUGAGCAAAGAGAAUAAAAACCAGAGCCUGGAAUAGAAGGAUUCAUUUGCUGCGUUCCUUAGAAUGGUUCCCAUGCCAUUUGUUUUCAUCUCAGAAUUUUUUUAAGUUUUGCUCUUCUAUUCAGAUUUUCCAGCCUCAUUGUGCAGUUGUAGAACUCACUUCUGCUACGUGAAAACACGGUGCAAAGUACUUAGGGAAAAAAAUUGCCCCACUUAUUUUUACUUAUCUCAAAUUCUUCAAAAGGUUUUAGAAGACUUCUUAAAAUACCAACGAUCCUCCCACAGUCAUUAAAAUUCUUCUGUUGCUGACUGCCUCUGGUCCAAGUAAAUCCUCUUGAAGUUCAAAUGUAAUGGUGUUUGUGUCAGCAAUUGUAUUGGUGGGGAGUUGUGUAUUAAAAGGAACAUUAUUUGCAGAUCAAGGAAAAUGUGUUUUCCUACUUCAUGUAUUUUCUGUGGCAGUAUAAGUCUGAAAACUAAUUAAAAAGAUGGCCUUUGAAUUUUAAUUCCCUGUUACUGUGAUAUAUAGGGAGACUGGGUGACCCAUGGUCAGAAAAAGCACAGCUUUUAUAUAAACGGUUGAAAAUAUAUUCUAUGUGUGUUUGACACAUUGGUUUUCUGGUCAGCACCUUUUUUUGUUCUGGGUUUUCUGAGAUCCCUUGGCAGCUUCAGGCUGGCUUCUGACUGAGAUGCUAAAAUCUGGGCAGAUAGAAGAGAGGGCAGACCAAAAAAAAGGCUUUUUCAGUGAUUCCUUGAAAUAAGCAUAUCUCUCUGUCCGUAGUGCACCAGCAACAGAGUUUUUUAAAUAGUUGCCACAAGAUUCACCAUUGUUUGUUUUACCUCUGCCCUUGCCAGAGAGUCACAGCUGUAGCAGCAUUUAAACAAACAGGAAACAAAGGCUCAGAGUAAGCCACUUGAUGAAAAGGACCAAGGGCAGGCCUGCUAUCUUCAUGGGGCAAACUAAGCCUGGGCAACUUGGAUGUCAACGAGGAAAGGACAUGUCUUAUGUCCAGUGUUUGAGUUUUCCUUCCUCUCGAGACUAAGUAACUUCUCAAUAGCAGCAUAAAUUUGUCCCAGUAUGGGAUUGCACUGAAAUGAAACUUUUUGGGUCACCCAUGGUCUAUGUCUUUUGGUCUGUACUGGUGUGCUGGGCAGGGGUUUAACCAUGGCCAAUCUGGGUCCCAGGAGCAGUGUGUCAGGGAAAACUCAAGUGGGCUCUGCUUCUGAAGCAGGUUUUGUAGCUUUUUCUGACCUUUGUGUUGCCCCAGAAGUAUGCUACCAGAUACCAUACUUAACUGUUGUAAAGCCAUCUGGGGUUUCUGUCUGUGACACUGCUGCAGCCAGAUCUGUCUGCAGUAGGUGUCCAUGGACAAAAAACACGCAGCUUCUUCUGUGAAAGAAAUAAAAUUCUACCCUGUAGAUUGCUCUUCCCAGGUGGGAUUAAAAAGAACACCACCAGAUGGAGAGGCUUUGAUGCAAACAUCCCUGGUCUGGUUUUCUGUGUGAAUCAAGGUGAUGCAAAGCAGAGCUGGCAAAGGCAUUUCUCUAGUGCAUUGUCCCCACCUUGUGAGGAGGUGUGACCCCAUCCCCAGUGUCCCUGUCAUUGCCCUGUCAUUGCUCUGGGUCCCUUCUGACCAUGAGACUGGAGGUAGCUGGCAGAGGUCAGUCUUAGCAAACUGGCUGGUUUUUUCCACUUGCUGCAAAGGUGAAUACAGGCUUUUCCUUUUUCUGGUCCUGUUAAGGGCUUUCCUGUUACUGCAAGUGUACCUGUUAUGCCCUUUGCAGCCAGUUCUUGCUGUGAGCCAUCAAUCUGUGCUACCCAAUGUUGUCUGUAGGGAGGGGAUUUGCAACUGCAAUCUCGUUUGUUCGAACAAAUUCCUUGGGCUUUACCAUUUGAUUGGGAAGGCCACUUCCAAUAGAGAGUUAGCUUAAAAAGUAUUAACACCCACACCUGCCCAGCCACGGCGCCUUAAGAAAAUAUGCCUGUAUCUCUCCUUCCAUUUUCCUCUCUUAGAGGGUUUUCCAAGAAGUUAUUCACCCAGCUCCUCUUUUCUAAAUCUUUCAAGGAUGAAAAAAUGAAGCUGAUAUGUAAGGAAAACAAACAAAACACCCAAACAAAAACAAAAAAAUUACAACAAAAACCUCACAAAACAAACAAACUAAAAAAAAACCACAAGGAAAACAUGAGCACAAGGCUAUUAAACUAUGCUGCUGUCUUCUGUGGUACGUGGAAAUCCAACGCACUGAUAGCUGCCAGCAUUUUAACAAGAGCCUCCAUGAAAUGUUCCCGUUUGCCUGUGAUAAAAUUCUGAUAACCAGAAGUGUAUGUGGGAGACUCAGGAAUCUGUUAAUUUUUCCUGUUUAAAUAAAGCUGUGUUUGUAAUUCAAAAGUAUUGAGAGAGCCAAUGAGGUUUGGCAAACAAUUUUGUUACUAAGUGCACUUACUGUAAAUGUUUAGAGGUUGUAUCUAGUACAAUAAAGUAUUUGGCAUGUCUAA